AUGGAGGUGGUGCUCAAAGACACCAAAGGUGUGUCACCGGAGACCAUUAUCUCCAUCAGGGCAGGCUCCACACGUCGCCAGGUGCCAGUGUCCUUGGCAGACAAGCCCUUUAAGUUUCCCUGUCAGCUCGCAGAAUGUGGCGCCAUCAAGGUCGACUUGAUGACCGUUACAGCAUCGGCGCGGGCCAUUCUCCGGCCAGAAGGCGAACAAGAUGUCCAGAUGAAGAUGACCAAGAAGAGCUCCGUGGAGGCCCAGCCUGCUGCUGAGGCAGAGGUCUCGUUUCUGGUGAGAAGCUCGUCAGGUGAGCCUUCGACCAUGUCGCAUGACGAGCGUGCUGCAAAGAAGCGCGGCUUGGCUAGUGCGACGGAGGAGUAUCUUGGAAAGCAUGGGGUGCUUACCUUCAUCCAGGGUGUGCUCCAAGGGGUCAUCCGAGACAGGCCGGAGGAUCCUUACAAAUACGUUGCAGAUCAGUUUGCAUCUGCCUCUGUCUCGAAGAAGGCGGCUCCGACCUUGGAGGAGAUGCGACAAACCGCCCGUGAUGCUCUCCUGCACGGUGCAACGUCGGGCAAGCUCUUGGAGGUCCUUCGCCACGGCACAACGCCGAAAGCCAACAGCCCAACUUCCGGUGAAUUGCCGAAGGCAGACGUCGCAGAGCAGUCGGCUUCCGUCGAUGAACUGCGGCAAGCAGCCAGGGAUGCCUUGUUGAAAGGCGCGCAAUCUGGCAAGCUGUUUGAUGCACUUGCCCAGACCAGCGCAGAGAAGGCGGAAGCGCACGCAACAGCAGCAAAAGAUGUUGAUCAGUUGCGCCAGCAGGCGCGCAAUCUGCUGCUGGAGGGAGCGCAAAGUGGCAAGCUGCUGGAAGUCUUGCAGGGCGCGCCUCCACCGGAGCCGACCGAGCCAGCAGACGUGGACAAGCUGCGCAAGCAAGCUCGUGAAGCACUGCUGGCGGGCGCGCAGUCCGGAAAGUUGUUCGAUGUGCUGGCCGAGACUGCGGGAGUCCGGCAGGAAGAGGGCAAAACAGCAGAUGGGACAGAAGAGAUAGAUGCACUACGCCAGCAAGCACGAGACUUACUUCUCGAGGGAGCGCAAAGCGGAAAGUUGCUUGAAGUCUUGCAAGGUGCGUCUCCGGAACAGGGCAAAGCAGAUGGGACAGACGAGAUAGAUGCACUGCGUCAGCAGGCACGGGACUUGCUGCUGGAGGGCGCUCAGAGUGGAAAACUGCUGGAAGUUUUGCAGGGUGCAUCUCCAGCGGAGCCGACAGAGCCAGCAGACGACGUGGACAAGCUGCGCCAGCAAGCUCGUGAAGCGUUGUUGGCGGGUGCGCAAUCCGGAAAGUUGUUCGAUGUGCUAGCCCAAACACCAAAGCCGUCAGCCAGUCAGGAUGGAGAAGAGCAUAUCCAGCAGGAACACGGCGCAGCAGGUGAGACGGAUGAGAUCGACGCGCUUCGACAGCAAACGCGCGAUUUGCUGUUGGAAGGCGCGCAGAGUGGAAAGUUGCUUGAAGUCUUGCAGGCUGCGUCCCCGCCGGAACCGACAGAUUCAGCAGACGAUGAGGACAAGCUGCGCCGCCAAGCUCGUGAAGCACUGUUGGCGGGUGCCGAGUCCGGAAAGUUGUUUGAGGCUCUGACGGAAAAGAAGCCACCUGCUGACGACGACAUGGAUGACUUGCGUAGACAGGCACGGGAAGCACUUCUGCUUGGUGCACAGUCAGGGAAGCUUAUGCAGCUUCUGGCCAAAAACAGCGAGCAGAAAGCUGCAAAGAGGAGUGCUGAGGGCCCCGACGAUCUGGAACUCCUGCGGCAGCAGGCUCGAGAGGCCUUGAUCCUGGGUGCACAGAGUGGAAGGUUAUUGGAGGUCCUGGCAAAGCCGGAUGAGACAGAUGAGGUGUUCCAGCUGAAGAGGAAGUUAUGUGAGGCUAUGGCGGGAAGCAUGGAGACAGGCGUGCUUACAGAGGCCUUGAAGGACGUCCGUGAUUUGCGGACACAAGAGAUUUGCCAGGAGGCAAGCAAUGCUUUACGAGAUGGCGCUGAGAGCGGAAAGGUCCUGCUGAUGCUUGCAGACAAGGCGGCGGGCACAGGUGAGUCGGAGAAAACUUUGGAAACUACACAGAAGCCUGAGGAGGUAACCCAGAAGCUUGCGGAGACCGCAGAGGCGCUGAAGGCGUCCCCUGAGGUGGACAGGGCGAAGGCGGCAGACAUGGCUCUCCAGCUAAAGCUGCUGCAGGACCAGAAGAGGACGAUGGCCGCUGAGAAAGAGUGCUUGGAAGAUCUCUUGAAAGAGCUCGAGUUAAAGAACAGCGUGCUACGAGUCAGGAGCAGGAGUACUUCGAAGGAAGAGGCCUCAUAG